AUGCCACCUAGGAAAUCAAAGACCAAAUCGACUGCUGGGCUGGCCCAGCCAACUCUAAACUUCCGUUCCAAAGGUCCUGAUACUUAUAGACCCAAAAAACCUUCUUUACUAAGACAUUCAGUUUCGGCAGCUUCCAUAGGAUCUGCAGGGUCAGAACAUGUUGAUGAGGAUGUUUCUGGGGAGGGGAAAGCGGGGCAGAGCGUGAUGAGAGGGAAGAGUCAGACUGGGGUGAAGGGAGAAAGUCAGGUGUUGGGGGAUGGGAAAGGAUCAGAGAAAGAAAGUCAAGUCGUGAUUGAAAAUAGAGGAAACCAAUUCGAACAACAGGAAAAGACGAAGAUGUUGAAUGUUAAAAGUAAAGAAUGGGAUGAUAUCUGGGAAUCGGCCGUAGAAGAGAUGGGCGGUAUGGAACCUAUCCACGCUACGGAAGAUAACAAAAUACAUCACAUUCUCAGAGUAUUCGACAUGACUUCGAAAUACGGACCAUGUGUAGGAAUGACCAGAUUGCAGAGAUGGGAAAGGGCGAAUAAAUGGGGUUUAAAUCCUGCUCCCGAGAUCCGAGCUAUACUCACCACCAUGCAAGGUGUUGAAGAUCCUACAUACAGAGAAAACGUGUUGUACACGUGGUUGUGA